CAUCACCAACCCAUCGCGACUAUGUUCAAGCGGGACACCUCUGGUCCUAUGGAAGUCGACUCGGUACACCCUCUGGGGCGUGCAGCCGAGUAUGCGCUUGACGACGACGGGCCUGCGAGAAAACGUCCGCAUAGCGAGCUGGGAAGUGGGGGGUUUGCGCCGCCAUCGCGCAUCGCGCCGUACAGCUUUGGGCCCAACACACCUUUCCUGUUCCAUGCGCCGCCCCCGCCACCUACUCGCCCAUGGGAGCCGUACGACCCAAACAAGUGGGCACGCACAGACUUUGGGCUCGGCACAACGGUCGCGCCAGUGAACGACGUGGACAUGGACGCGAGCGAGCAGCCAGGGUCGCCAGGCAAGCCGAAGGAGAAAAAGAGCAACGAGAAGGCUGCGUCGGUGGCGAGCGUUGACGACCCCGCAUCGCCUGAACGCAAGAUUGCGACGGGGGCGAUUACGCGAGUGCGCCGGCGGCGCAGGAACUUCGCGCAGGAGGGGCGGAGCGAGAACACGUACAACCUUCACAUGGCGCAGGGUACGCGGCACUCUGAGAUACCCUCUAUUCUCCUCGGUUACGUUCAGUUCGUGUUCAACGGAUCGCUCGUGCUGGGCUUCCUGUACGUCGUGACGAGCUUCGUCAUGGCUGUCCAGCGCGACGUCAAGGAGCGUAUUGAAGAAUACUCGAUCGAAUAUCUCCAGGAAAUCUCCGAGUGCUCGAGGUCGUACCUCACCAACCGGUGUGAAGCAGGGACGCGCGUGCCAGCGAUGGAGGCGGCAUGUCAGGGCUGGGAGCUGUGCAUGAACCGCGACCCGAAGGUGGUGGGGCGGGCGCGUGUCGGCGCCGAAACGUUCGCGGGCAUCAUCAACAGCUUCUUCGAGACGAUCAGCUGGAAGACCAUGGUAUUCACCGUGGUCUCCCUCACCCUGUUCAUCACGCUCAUCAACUCGGCCCUGUUCAACCUGCGAGCCAAGCAGCGCGAACCCGCGUAUGCCCCAUACCCAUAUCCGCCCCCCGCGCCGUGGAUGCACGGCUACGCAGGCGCCCCAGGGAUGUUGCCGCCACUAGACGAGAAGUUGAAGAAGGAGAAGGAGGGUGUCGCCGGCAAGGCGAUCGCAUGGUUCACCAAAUAGAUCCACUGUCACCAGCAUGCAUUCACACACUGUUAUUGUCCUC